AUGGAGUUGCUGAGACCUUUUUGGUGGUGGCCAGUGGUGUUAGUUUUUAUUCAAUUAGAUAUGAAUGGAUGCUUUGGUUGUUGGGAGCAAGAGAGGAUAGCUCUCUUGCAAUACAAAGCUUCCACCGCCAGCUACACUGAUAAAUAUCAUUUUACAUCUUGGGACUCCGAUAACAAAGAGAGUGAUUGUUGUGAAUGGAAAGGAGUCAAGUGCAACCUCAAAACUGGACGUGUAAUCCAACUUGCUCUUGAUUAUGCAAUGUAUGGGAGUGAUUGCUGUGGUUGGUACUUUAACGCCUCUAUGUUUCUUCCCUUUGAAGAGCUCCAAGACCUCAAUUUGGGUUCUAAUUCUAUUUCUGGAUGGGUCCCAAAUGAAGGUUUUGAAAGAUUCUCUGCGUUGACCAAGCUGGAGGUGCUUCACUUGCAAUGGAAUUUAUUCAAUACCAGCAUUCUUUCAUCCUUGAGUGGAAUUACUACCCUCAAGGAACUAUAUUUGGGGUUCAACAAUUGGAAUGGAUCAAUCCCCAUCCAAGGUUUUGAAAGAUUCUGUGCAUUAAGCAAGCUGGAGGUGCUUUCCUUGGAUGGUAUUAAGUUCGAUGACAGCAUUCUGCAAUGCUUGAGUGGAAUUGCUUCCCUCAAGGAACUAGAUUUGGGGUGCUACAAUUGUAAUAGUUCAAUCCCCAACCAAGGUUUUGAAAGCUUAUCUUCGUUGAGCAAGUUGGAGGUGCUUCACUUGGAUGAUAAUAAUUUCAAUAACAGUUUUCUGUCAUCACUUAGUGGCAUUACUUCACUCAAGGAACUAGAUUUGAAUAAUAACAAUUUGAGUGGAUCAAUCCACAUCCAAGAAUUUGAAGCAUUUAGCAACUUGGAGAAUCUUUACUUGAAUGACAACGAGAUCAAUGACUUCGUGACAACAAAAGAUUCAAACAUCUUAAGUAAGCUGCAACUCCUAGACUUGAGUCGAACCAAAAUCAGUGUACGAAUUCUUGACUCAACGGCAGCCUUCCCAUCCUUGAAGACAUUAUAUCUCGGAAAUAACAAUUUGAAAGGAUCGUUAACUACUAAAGGCUGGUGUGAACUUAAGAAUCUCCGAGUGAUAGACCUCAGCUAUAAUAAUUUUGAAGGGAUAUUGCCUUCGUGUAUGGCAAACUUGACAUCACUUGAAAUAUUGGACCUCUCUUAUAAUCACUUGGAUGGGAACAUCCAAUCCCCCCUAUCCAGAUUUUCAUCACUUGAAUACCUUUCUUUCUCAAAUAACAACUUCUUCAUCCCAUCCACAUUCUCCUUCCUUUUCAACCUCUCAAAUCUUCAGAUCCUAUUAAGUGAUAACAAUAUAAUAGCUUUGGAAACUAACUCUCCUACUUCGAUUCCAACCUUCCAGUUAAAGAUUUUCAGUUUCUCUAAUUGUUCAUUUAACAUUCGCAAUAGCACAACUCCCAGAUUUCUUCAUUACCAAUAUGAUUUGCGAAUAAUUAAUCUCUCUCACAACAAGUUGGUUGGGCAGUUCCCUAAUUGGUUGUUAGAGAACAACACAAAAUUGGAGAUGUUUAUUCUAAACAAUAACUCUUUCACGGGGCCUUUCAUAGUGCCAUAUGAUAUUCGUCCCAACAUUUCGAGAAUAGAUAUUUCAAAUAAUUACUUGCAAGGUCCAAUUCCCACAAACCUCGGUCUAAUUUUUCCAAAUUUAGAAAUUUUAAACAUGUCUAAAAAUGAAUUUCAAGGCAGUAUUCCUUCUUCUUUUGGGAAUUUGGUUUUCUUAUGGUAUCUAGACUUGUCUGGGAAUAAUUUCUCAGGAACCAUACCAAUGCAUUUCAUAAUGGGUUGCUACAAGUUGGAAUUUCUCAUAUUAUCAAACAAUAGCUUCAGUGGCCAAAUAUUUCCUACCAAUUCUAAUUUGACUAACCUACUUUCUUUACAUUUGGACAACAAUCACUUCUCAGGCAUGCUUCCAACAUGGAUGGGGAACAUGUCAACUUUAGAAGAUAUUGUUUUGGCCAAAAAUCAUCUUAAAGGUCCUAUUCCAAUUGAUUUUUGCAAACUCGAUUAUCUUACACAUCUUGACCUCUCUGACAAUAAUUUGGUUGGCUCUAUUCCAUCUUGCUUCAAUUCCUCAUGGAUUCGUUUCUUUCAAUUAAAUAAAAAUUGCUUGAGUGGUCCAAUUCCAAGUGCUUACCAAAACAACUCCAAUCUACUUGAACUAAAUCUUCGAGAUAACUAUCUAACCGGCAACAUUCCCAGUUGGAUUGGUAGCCUCUCAUCAUUGAGAAUUCUCCUAUUGAAAGCGAAUCAUUUAGGAGGUCAGAUUCCAAUUCAAUUAUGCCAUUUGCAGUACUUAAACAUUUUAGAUCUUUCCUACAAUAAAUUUUUGGGUCCAAUUCCUCAUUGCUUGGGUAACAUUAGGAGAACAAAUUUUUCUACUGCAUCCGAUUGGGAACAUUCUUUAAGGUAUUCUAUAUCAGCUGGAGGUCGAUAUUGGAGUGUGUCAUCAUAUUUGAGCUCAAAGUCAAAAACUUUCAAAAAUCCGACUGAUGCUUAUUUUUCAUUUGACACAUCUGAGGAUGUUGGAGAAGAAGUAGAGUUUUCAACAAAAAGUAGAACUUACUCCUACAAGGGUGACAUCCUUGAGUACAUGUUUGGAAUUGACCUGUCAUGCAACAACCUAACAGGUAAAAUCCCAUUGGAACUCGGUAGGAUAAGCAGCAACAUUCGUGCAUUGAACUUGUCACACAACAAUCUAUCUGGACCAAUCCCAGUGACAUUCUCAAAUCUAAAGCAAAUAGAAAGUUUGGAUCUUUCCUACAACAAUUUGAAUGGCAGAAUUCCACCUCAGUUGACAGAAAUGACCUCUCUAGCGGUCUUUAGUGUGGCGCACAACAACUUAUCUGGAGCAACACCGGAUAGAAAAAAUCAAUUCAUUACUUUUGAAGAAAGUAGUUAUGAGGGGAACCCUCUCUUGUGUGGACCUCCAUUACAUAAUGGUUGCGACAAAAUGAGACCACCAUCUACAAUGUCAGUGGAUAAUGAGGGGGAAGGUGGUAGUUUCAUGGACAUGAGUGUCUUCUACAUAAGCUUUGUGGUUGCUUACAUAACAAUCCUGUUGGGAAUUGUUGCAGUUCUCUACAUAAAUCCAUACUGGCGUAAGGCAUGGUUUAACCUCAUUGAAGUGUGUCUUGACACUUGCUACUGUUUUGUUGUGGUUCAUUACCAUAAGGUGUUUGAUUUCGGGCUUGCAUAG